AUGGGAUUUAGAAAGAUUGAUCCUGAUCAGUGGGAAUUUGGAAAUGAGGAAUUCAUUAGAGGACAGAGACAUCUGUUAAAGAAUAUUCAUCGACGUAAGCCAAUCCAUAGCCAUUCUGCACAAGGGAAUUCUUCAGGGCCAUUAACUGAUUCAGAGAGACGUGAGUUUGAGGAGGAAAUUCAGAGGCUGAAACGGGAUAAGAGCUUACUUCAGUUGGAGUUACAGAAGCAUGAAAAGGAAAAUCAAGUUAUCUUGUUGGCUGAGCGUUUACAGAGUGUGGAACAGAGACAGAGGAAAUUGUCGGCCUUCCUAUCUCAAAUGUUGAAAAAACCGGGGUUUGCCUCCAUUCUUAUGCAACAGUCAGAAAUCAAUAGCAAAAAGAGAAGGUUGUUGGUAUCUAAGUACUUUAAUGAUGAAGUCAAUAUGGGUGAGUAUCAGAUUGUGACGUUUGAAAAAGACAAUCCACAUGCUACAUCCACCCCAUUGUCAAAUUUAGAGCUAAUCGAGAAGUUGGACUCAUCCUUAAAUUUCUUGGAGAAUUUUCUACAUGGGGUUGGUAAAAAAACUUCGGCUGAUGAAGUGUAUCCGCAGCCUUCCCCAGUUGUUAUAACUGAAAUGCAUGCUUCAUCAGGAGAUUCUGAUAUGAACAUCCAACCAUGUGAACCUGAUGGAAUUCCCUCUUCACCUCAAUCAAGGGAUAUUCAAUCAUCCUUAGAAGCGGCUGGAUCUUCGAAUUAUUCAGACAGCCCUGCCAUUUCAUCUAUGUAUCUCAAUGAAGAUGCUAAACCCAAAUCUUUGGGGAUUGAUGUAAAUAUAAGGCCUGAUAAUGUUCUGGACGUUGACGCAUUAAAAGACCCGGUCGAGGGUACAACAGCUCCAGCUGUCAUAAUGGAGGUUAAUGAUGUCUUCUGGCAACAGUUUUUGACAGAGAAUCCUGGUGCCUCUGAUACUCAGGAAGUUCAAUCCGAAAGAAGAGACAUUAAUGGGAUAAAGAGUGAAAGUAAGUCUUUAGAUAGCCGAAGAUUUUGGUGGAACAUGAACAAUGUAGAUAAUCUUGCAGACCAGAUGGCUCAUCUCACUUGA